CAGCCCGCUGCGUCCCCUUCCCGGGCUGCAGGGCUGCCUCCGCCGCGCCGCCGGCCCAGAUUGUGCCUGUGAUGAGCCGCAGCCCGCCGCGAGCUCUGCCCCCGGGCGCGCUCCCUCGGCUGCUCCAGGCUGCGCCUGCAGCCGCGCCGCGUGCCCUGCUCCCGCAGUGGCCCCGGCGCCCAGGACGCCGCUGGCCCGCGUCCCCUCUCGGAAUGAAGGUGUUCCGUAGGAAGGCGCUGGUGUUGUGCGCGGGCUAUGCACUGCUGCUGGUGCUCACUAUGCUCAACCUCCUGGACUACAAGUGGCACAAGGAGCCGCUGCAGCAGUGCCACCCCGACGAGCCGCUGGGUGCCGCAGCGGGGGCAGCCGGAGGCAGCUGGGGGCGCCCAGGGCCGCCUCCGGCCGGGCCGCCCCGUGCUCAUGCCCGUUUGGACCUCCGCACUCCUUACCGCCCUCCCGCUGCCGCCGUCGGGGCGGCUCCUGCAGCCGCGGCAGGGAUGGCGGGGGUCGUGGCCCCUCCAGGCAAUGGCACUCGGGGCACUCGGGGCACCGGGGGCGUCGGGGACAAGCGGCAGCUGGUGUACGUGUUCACUACGUGGCGCUCUGGCUCCUCGUUCUUCGGCGAGCUAUUCAACCAGAAUCCCGAGGUGUUCUUCCUCUACGAGCCAGUGUGGCAUGUAUGGCAAAAACUGUAUCCGGGGGACGCCGUUUCCCUGCAGGGGGCAGCGCGGGACAUGCUGAGUGCUCUUUACCGCUGCGACCUCUCUGUCUUCCAGUUGUAUAGCCCCGCGGGCAGCGGGGGGCGCAACCUCACCACGCUGGGCAUCUUCGGCGCAGCCACCAACAAGGUGGUGUGCUCGUCACCACUCUGCCCCGCCUACCGCAAGGAGGUCGUGGGGUUGGUGGACGACCGCGUGUGCAAGAAGUGCCCGCCACAGCGCCUGGCGCGUUUCGAGGAGGAGUGCCGCAAGUACCGCACACUAGUCAUAAAGGGUGUGCGCGUCUUCGACGUGGCGGUGUUGGCGCCACUGCUGCGAGACCCGGCCUUGGACCUCAAGGUCAUCCACUUGGUGCGUGAUCCCCGCGCGGUGGCGAGUUCACGGAUCCGCUCGCGCCACGGCCUCAUCCGUGAGAGCCUACAGGUGGUGCGCAGCCGAGACCCGCGAGCUCACCGCAUGCCCUUCUUGGAGGCCGCGGGCCACAAGCUUGGCGCCAAGAAGGAGGGUGUGGGCGGCCCCGCAGACUACCACGCUCUGGGCGCUAUGGAGGUCAUCUGCAAUAGUAUGGCUAAGACACUGCAGACAGCCCUGCAGCCCCCUGACUGGCUGCAGGGCCACUACCUGGUGGUGCGGUACGAGGACCUGGUGGGAGACCCCGUCAAGACACUACGGAGAGUGUACGAUUUUGUGGGACUGUUGGUGAGCCCCGAAAUGGAGCAGUUUGCCCUGAACAUGACCAGUGGCUCGGGCUCAUCCUCCAAGCCUUUCGUGGUAUCUGCACGCAAUGCCACGCAGGCCGCCAAUGCCUGGCGGACCGCCCUCACCUUCCAGCAGAUCAAACAGGUGGAGGAGUUUUGCUAUCAGCCCAUGGCCGUCCUGGGCUAUGAGCGGGUCAACAGCCCUGAGGAGGUCAAAGACCUCAGCAAGACCCUGCUUCGGAAGCCCCGUCUCUGAAAGGGGUUCCCAGGAGACCUGAUCCCCUGUGGUGAUACCUAUAAAGAGGAUCGCAGUGUGUUUAAAUAAACACAGUCCAGACUCAAACGGAAGAAGCCCACAUAUUCUAUUAUAGAUAUAUAAAUAAUCACACACACAGUUGCUGUCAAUGUUUUGAGUCUGUGCAUUUCAAGGAACAGCCACAAAAUACACACACACCCCUCAGAAAAGGCAAGACUUGAACGUUCUGACCAGGUGCCCCUCUUCUUCUCUCCUUUGCCUUCUCUUGUUCUUUCUCCUAUUUCUUACCCCGUCCUCCACCUGCCUUCCAUUUUGAAGUGGGAUGUUAGUGAAAUCAAGUUCCAGUAACCCAAAUCUUGUUUACAAAAUUUUCGUGGUAUCUGUGAACAUGUAAGAGUAAUUUGGAUGUGGGGGUGGGGGUGGAGAAAGGGGAAGUGGUCCAGAAACAAAAAGCCCCAUUGGGCGUGAUAAGCCGAGGAGGCAUUCUUCUAAACUAGACUUUUGUGUAAAAAGCAAAGGUUACAUGUGAGUAUUAAUAAAGAAGAUAAUAAAUAAUAUUCUUUUUUA